AACAAACAAAUAUUGCCAAGCCAGAUAAUUUUUUAAUUUGCCUCAUAUCGGGCUACAUAAUUUGUACGCAAGCGAUGGACAUUUUGCAUGCACGAUGUUUGUGAAAGUGUCGGUUUAGAGAGGUUAACGCGGGCUGUCAAGUUGUGGCUCAUUGUUCGGUUCUGAGGCAAUCGCCGCGAAGGACUUGUAAUGAAUCUGUUUAGUGGGCUUUGAUUUAUAAUUCACCAGCCAUCUCAAUCGUUUUGCAUUCGGUGGUUCAUCGUUCAUCCACGAACACUGUGAUGCAUUUGCCCCCUCUUCUCUAAAAAGUCCAUUCCUUUUUUUAAAUAUGUAUCCUACUUCUAUGUAGGUUCCUCUGUAUCCUUGAACCAGAGUAUUGCCAAUCUUCCAUAUGUCCAUAUAUUUUUGGAUGUAAUUCUGUUGGGGUGCAUUAUCAAUGUUUCAUUUUUUAAUAUUCUUUGAAAUUAGCUACUAAUCCUACAUCUUAUCUAUAUCCCCGUUAAAUACGACUUGCCUGAUUUGUGAAACUUGACUUAUCAUAGUGAUCUUGUUUAUAGUUGAAACUUUGACAGCUGGCUAGGUACAGUUUGAACACAAAGGGAGAGUUUAAUUUUAGAAAUGUGCUUACGAAACAAGUCUUAAGCUCUGGGGAUCUCUGGGUCUUUGCCAGUUGGCAAGGAAGCUGUCAACACAACAAGAUAGCAACCAUGGAUUCCUUUCUUGGGCUGUUUGGAGGAGAUGACUGGGUAGAUAAUGAAGACCAUACUAAAGGCUUCUCACAGCUGCCUCCAGAGCCCCAGCUUGGAAAUGUGGAAUAUAAACUUAAGCUUGUGAAUCCCUCCAAACAAAGAUUUGAACAUUUAGUGACUCAGUUGAAGUGGAGGUUGAGAGAAGGCCAAGGGGAAGCAAUAUAUGAAAUUGGUGUAGAGGACAAUGGUGUUCUUGCUGGUUUAUCUUCAUCUGAAAUGACAGCUAGUUUACAAACUUUACGGCAAAUGGCCUUAUCUCUUGGCGCUACAACAACUAUUUUACGUGAACGAUGGCUGGAUGAUACUGAUGCUGACACUGAUGGAAGUAGCAGUAACGACAGUUUAAAUGGUAAUACUGUGUCAGAUCAACGGAAAGUUGUGGAAGUUUUAGUGAGAAAGGUUCCAGAUGAUCAGCACAACAUUGAAGUCAGAGUCGCAGUGAUGGGAAGUGCAGAUGCUGGGAAGUCAACUCUAUUAGGUGUGCUGACACAGGGACAGCUUGAUAAUGGCAGAGGGCGAUCGAGACUCAAUAUGUUCAGACACGUGCAUGAAGUGCGUUCAGGGAGAACAUCAUCAAUCAGUCAUGAAAUACUUGGAUUUGAUGCCCAUGGCCAAGUUGUCAACUAUAGUGAAAUGACAACUGCUGAAGAAAUUUGUGAAAACUCAACCAAACUCAUCACUUUCAUUGACCUUGCUGGGAGGCGAAAAUAUCUUCGCACUACUGUUCAAGGGCUCACAGGCUACUCGCCUCAUCAUGCAAUGCUUGUUGUCAGUGGCAGUGCUGGAAUAGUGGGGAUGACUCGUGAGCAUUUGGCCUUAGCAGUAGCUUUGGAUGUGCCAUUUUUUGUUGUAAUCACAAAAACAGAUCUUGUUUCUCCUGAUGAUGCAAUAAGUAGCUUGGGGUGUGUCUUGAAAUCGGCUGGAUGUCGUAAGGUUCCUUUGAUUGUUCAAAACGAAGAUGAUGUAAUGACUGCUGGUUCAAAUCAAAUGGCUGAUAACAUUGUUCCCAUAUUUUGCGUAUCCAAUGUCACUGGAAAUGGGCUUCAGCUGUUGACUCGCUUUUUACAUGUCUUACCUCCAGGUGUAUCCGUUAAAGAAAAGGAUAGAUUAGAACAGGAACCCUGUGAAUUUCAAAUUGAUGAGACUUUUCGGGUCCCUGAGGUGGGCACUGUCAUUGGUGGCCUUCUUACAAAGGGUGUUAUUACUGAAGGGACAAAAUUGCAAAUUGGCCCUUUCAAUGAUGGUAGCUUUAAUCCCAUAGUUGUGCACUCAAUUCAUCGAAAUAAAGCUCCAUGCAGGGUGGUGAGAGCAAGUCAAAGUGCUUCCCUGUCACUCACUCUAGAUGUGCCUGGCCUUCGUACAGGAAUGGUUCUACUAAGUACUGAAAAUGAUGAGAAGCCCUCUGGCUGCCUGUUCUUCCAAGCAACUGUAUUUGUCUUAUUCCAUUCCACGGCCAUUAAACCAGGUUUUCAAACUACUGUUCACAUUGGAAAUAUACGUCAAACUGCUGUUAUGGAAGGAAUAAUGGCCAAUAAUGGCAUCCAUACAAAUGAAAAUGCUUCUGUUGUCUUUCGGUUUACCCGUCACCCAGAGUAUGUUAAAGUGGGUAUGCGCCUUCUGUUCAGAGAGGGCUGUACGAAAGGCAUUGGAAAAAUUACGCAAAUUUUCCCAUACCUUGCCAGCACUGCCGGCUGAGGCUUGAGGCAGCUCCUUCUUUCAAAAUCAUUCUGCCAGUAUGACACUGGCACUUUGCAAUCAUGUUUACAUCAGUUUCCCAUGAUAUUGUUUCUUAUCUUGGGCUGUUGCUCUUAAUGAAACAAAAAAGCUUGUCAUUCACCAAUGGAAACAUUAGCCUUGUUUAUGUUGGGUCUAUUGUGUGGUCUAGCUGUCCUCUAUGGUUGAAUUGCUGACUUGUUAUUACUUCCAUGUUUAAAUAUUUCUGUAUUUUGCUAUGCUCUCUUCUAUGCAAAAUUACAAGACCCUUGUCUCAUGGGAAAAUCGAAGUGCGUUCACGCAAAGGUGGCGUUGCGAGGCGGACGCGAC